UGAACUCACACCAAGCCUCUCCACCACCUCCCCAGCAGUCAAAGGAGCCUCUGCUGAGGAAUGAUGGCUCAUUCUGCUGCCGGCGGUUUCUUGGAGGAGCAGUUCCGGGCGGUCUGCGCAGAAUUCCAGAAGCAUGAGCUAGGCGGGGCCGACUGGGAGCUGCUGGUGGACACUUUGGGCAUCAAAGUCUUUCGGCUGCGGAACCAGCAGUCUGGACUUUAUGAGUAUAAAGUCUUUGGUGUUCUGGAAGAUUGCCCUCCUGAUGUACUAGCAGAUGUCUACAUGGACUUAAACUACAGAAAACAGUGGGACUCAUAUGUUAAAGAACUCUAUGAAGAAGAAUGUGAUGGAAAGAAUGUGGUCUACUGGGAAGUCAAUUACCCAUUUCCCAUGUCCAAUAGAGAUUAUGUCUACAUCCGGGAUUGUCGAGAGCUGGACUGGGAAGGACAGAAGGUUUAUGUGGUCCUGGCAAAGAGUGUUGAGGUGCCACAGUUUCCAGAGAAAUCAGGUGUGGUCAGGGUGAAGCAGUAUAAGCAGAGCUUGGCACUUGUGAGUGAUGGCAAGAAGGGGAGCAGAGUUUUCAUGCAUUACUUCGAUAACCCAGGUGGUCAAAUUCCGUCCUGGCUCAUUAACUGGUUUGCUAAGAAUGGAGUUACCACCUUUUUAAAUGACUUGGCAAAAGCCUGUCGUAAUUACCUCAAGAAAACCUAAGGAAAGGACUUCCAAACCUGUGUCUGUGGAAUGAUAUCUUCAGAACCGCCACAGCCACUCCCUCCCACACUCAGAGGCCUGCACAUGAUACAGCACGUCGUUCCUGUGUGUGUUUGCACGACUCGCCCUCCUGCUUCCUUUCCCACUCUCCCCUGCCCGGGGACAGGCUGCCUUCUUGCACUAUUGACUAUGGGUCAGAUUAGGAAAACCUUUGCUUAUUUAUUUUUAAAAAGGGAAGUCCUCAAUAGGGAACACAAUCAUUCCAUUGUGCUAUUUUAGGUGGAGGGACAAUAACAAAACAUAGACUGGCUGAUACCUGGCAAGCUGGCUCCUUCCCAGAAUGUGAUUUCUUACCAGCAAAGAAAGUCUCACUUGAAGUUGCGCUCCUUCAAAAUCAACUCUCAGUGUGUAACAAGACUGAAAGACAGAUGCAGUAUCCACUUACCUUGGGCUUUGCCUUGGUGACUUGAUUGGGCUGGGAUUUUAGGUGAUAAUCCAGCAAGCUUUCUCCCACUCCUACUUUGAAGGACCACUAACUGUUAUGAUAGCAAACCAUUUUUGCAAACUAUUGCAGGUCUGAAUGAGCUCAUAAUGUAAUGACUGAUUUUUCUUAACCUAUGUCUAGCUUUUUGUUUUGCCUACCUUCUGCUAAAGAAAGGCUGCCCAUACCUCACUAGCUCUGCACUUUACUGCAAACUAAGAGAUCGUGAUGACUCUGGCACUUAGCCAAAGCACAGCUUCUUGGUGCAUUGUGCCAUAAUCAGGUGUCUUUCUUUCUAUGCAAUAAUACAAAUUUCCUCUCCACAGUGUCUGGAGACAUUGAAACGAUAACCACUCAUAGGCAGGGAAUUAUUAAUUUAUAACUUAGUUGACCAUGUUCCUUUUUCUCAGGGAUUUUACCUAAGUGGCCUGACCCUUCCACUAUGAAUUAUAUCUAGUUUCGUAUGUUUUCUUCUAAAUUUUGGUAUGGCAAGAUACUUUGUGGCCAAAGAAAGAGCCUUGGUAAUCUCAGGGAAAAUUCUUUAACUACUCUGUUUGUAAUAACAAUUUGAAGACUUGAUUAAUGGUAAUAGAGAAGCCAGAAGUGCAUGAUUUAUUAAAAUGAGAUACUCCAGGGGCCUGGCAGUGACACAUCUGAACCUGAGUUUGAGCCCCUGCUCCACACCUACAAGGAGAAUGCUUCAUGGGCAGUGAAGCAGACCUGCAGGUGUCUGUCUGUCUUUCCCUUUUCCUAUUUCAAUUUUUCUCUGUCCUGUCAAAUGAAAAUAGAAAGGAAAAUCAAAUAAAACAGGAUAUCUGGCAACCACCGGGCAGUGAUGUACUUCAUUCAGCAAGCACAUUGCCAGGCACAAGCCCAGGCUCAAGCCCUUGAAGGUCCUUACCUGCAGAGGCUUUAUAAGUAGUGAAGCAGUGUUGCAAGUCUCUCUCUCUCUCUCUCUCUCUCUCUCUCUCCUUCUCUCCCUCCCUCCCUCUUUCCCUCUCUCCCUCCCUCCUUUUCCCCUUCUCUAUCUAAAUUUAUCUUAUAAUUUUACUCUGUCCUAUCAAAUUAAAAUAUUUUUUUUAAAUGAGCUGCUUCAGAUUAUGUUUUCUCUCUAUAAAAGAAAAGUGUGUUGUAUAUUUAAUAAAUGCUGAAUGACU